AUGAAAUUGAAUAUCGCUGAACUGCGGGUCUUUUGGCUGAGCUUGGUCUGCUUCAGCACAUUGCAGCCGGCGCAAUCUUGGGAUGUGGAAUAUAUUCUAAAAAUACUGUGCAAAUUGGGUAAGACAUUUCAUAUGCAAGAGAUCAUUUGGUACGUGAGCGAAAGCAUAGAUGCAACGAAUAGUGUCGCCGUACAAGAGCUCAUCAUAUCGUUGGAUAAAUGUUUAGGCUUUACACAGACAGUGAUAACCAACAAUACCGAUAUACGCUUAAUAAAAUCGGAAAAUAGGAAAAACGGACUGAACGUAGUCUUCUGUACCGCAGCAGAUGAUCCCAUUAUACAAGUCUAUGAUCGCACAGCACUCGGCCGUCACAUGUAUUUCGGCUUAAUGAUAAUGAUGAAUAUCGUGGAGGACUUUAGCGUGGCGGAGCAGCUAUUGCUAGAGCUGCAUGCGCGAAAUUUAAUUAAUACUAUGCUAUAUUACUACAGCAGCAACCGAACAAAUGAGAUUUUUGCUUACUCCUUGUAUCCGGAAUAUCACUUAGAAAAUCGUUCCAACUUUUUGGAAUAUGUAACGGAAACUUUUAAGAAAGUGGUGGCUGGUGGCGUAGAUAUGCUGGGCUAUAAGUUAUACACACCACUACGCCAGGAUUUACCACAUGUCUUCAGUUAUAAAAAUAGUACAAGACAAACCAACUGGCGUGGUUCAGCUUAUAACUUGUUGAAGUUGUUUACGGACUACGGUAAUGCCUCCUUAGUAAGGUAUGAAAUGCCAAAAGAUCAUCUCGGUGGCAAUGUAGUUGAUAUGAAGGCGGCGCUGGAUCUCAUACGCGGCAAGAAAGUCGACAUAUUGGCUCACGCUUAUGCUCUGUUCAAAGAGGAUGACGAGCUUGGUAAGAGUUAUCCGCUGAUGGUGGUGCGUUGGUGUCUCAUGGUGCCCAUUUGGAAUAGCGUCUCAACAAUGUACUAUCCACUGGAGCCUUUCGAUGAUCUUGUUUGGUUUAUUAUUGUUGGCGUCUUUUUUGCUUUGGUGAGUGUCAAGUGUCUGUGGUGCUGUUGGCAGAGCACCCAUCAGUUAGCCAAACGUUUAAGCGAUACCGUUUUGGAAUGUUUCUGCUUGAGCAUUGGCAUUGGCACGCCGAACUAUUUCGGCGCACCGACUUUGUUGGAUUUCCUCAUUUUCACCACCAUCUACUUCUAUGGUUUCUUUCUCACCGCCAACUACACCUCAUUGUUGGGCAGCAUUUUUACCGUAACUUUAUUUCGCGCACAAAUUAACACCAUGGAUGACCUGAUAGAGACGAAUAUUUCCGUAAUGAUUAUCGAUUACGAAUUGGAAUUUCUACUCUCCGAAGGUGAUGAAUUACCAGCGAACUUUUCACGUUUGCUACUGCCAGUAGACCCGGCCACUUUCGCUCAACAUCAGUUGCAGUUGAAUACAAGUUUUGCCUAUUUUAUUACGGAGGAGAAGUGGAAUUUUCUGGCACUACAGCAGAAGUAUCUGAAACGGCGUCUCUUCAAGUUCACCGACAUCUGCUUUGGUUCCUAUCACUUAGCCUAUCCACUGCAACCGGAUUCGUUUUUGUAUCGCAAUCUCGAGUAUUUUAUCUAUCGUAUGCAUUCGUCGGGUAUGUUGGGUCACUAUCAGAGCACAGCCUUCGAUUAUGCGGUGCAUGCGAGACUUGUGCGGCGUUUGGCGGACAAUACGGAGUUCACGUCUGCGGGCAUGCAACACUUACUAGUAAUCUUUUUACUGCUGCUGACCAUGUGUUGUAUUAGUUUUUGUGUUUUCGUCGGAGAGCUAAUAAAUGUUCGACUGUUGAGGGGCCGCUCACAUAGGCAGCAGUGA